UCGGGGAGACGGAAGCGCGCGCGCUGCGGUUGCCGCCGCUGCCUGAAGUGUGCGGGGGCUGCCCCGGGGACCGGCCCGGCCAGGGCUGCUGCUGCCCCGGCCCCCGCCGCUGCCCCCUGCCUUCCGCAGCUCUGGGCAUCCGGCGGGACGAACAUCAUCCCCUCUGCCCCCCGCUGCUGUCGGGAAGGAAGGGGUGGUGGUGGCCCCGGAGAGCCGCCCGCGGCUGUGGCUGACCCGGGCUCCGAGCACGGCGGCUCCUCUCCCUGCUGGGCUCUGAGCAGCGCCGUCUCUUAUUCUUCAGGGGGCUCAUCUCAAGGUAUAGCUUAAAAAASCUUUGUAAGUAGUGGAAGAAAAUGUCACACAGAAGCUCUAAGGCAAUCAAGAAAGUAAACGCUUCUAGCUCCUUGGAAUCUGAGGAUAUCAGCUUAGAAACCACAGUACCAACCGAUGAUGUUUCUUCUUCUGAAGAGAGAGAAGGUACUGUGAAAAUCACUAAGCAGCUGAUUGAACGGAAGGAGUUGCUCCAUAAUCUUCAGCUGCUUAAAAUAGAAUUAUCACAAAAAAACUUGAUGAUUGACAACUUGAAAGUUGAAUAUUUGACCAAGAUUGAAGAGCUAGAGGAGAAGCUUAAUGAUGCAAUCCAUCAAAAGCAGCUGUUGUCUUUACGACUGGAUAGUCAGUUGGCAUUACAGCAAGAAGAUGCCAGGAAACAUCAGGCUCUAAUGAAACAAGAAAUGGAAACUAUUUUAUUGAGACAGAAGCAACUGGAAGAAACAAAUCAUCAGUUGAGAGAGAGGGCUGGAGAUAUCCGUCGUAGCUUGCGAGACUUGGAAUUAACAGAUGAAUCCUAUGAGAAGCUAAAGUCUCUUUCUGAAGAUCAGCUUUCUAUCCCUGAAUAUGUUUCCGUCCGAUUCUAUGAAGUAGUCCAUUCCUUAAGGAAAGAGCUAAGUGAUCUACAGAUGAAAAAGGAGAGUCUAACAGAAGAACUAAAUGGGUACAGAUCCCAGCUGAAGUGUCUGACAGAGAGCUAUGAAGAUGAGAGGAGGAGUCGAUCAGAGCUUGAGGUCAGAUGCCAGCGUUUAACAUUGGAACUGGCUGAUACCAAGCAGUUGAUUCAGCAAGGUGAUUACAGACAAGAGAACUAUGAUAAAGUAAAAUGUGAACGUGAUAGAUUUGAGCAUGAAUUGUCAGAGCUCAGAAGAAUAUAUGAAAUACUAGAGGUGUCAUACAAAACACAAACUAAAGAAAGAAAUGACUUAACAAAAGAGCUGGCAACCCUACAACAAUCCCUCAACUUGUUGCAAAAAGAUAAAGAUUAUCUUAAUCGCCAGAACAUGGAGCUUAGCGUUCGCUGUGCACAUGAAGAAGAUCGUCUUGAAAGACUCCAGAUUCAGCUAGAGGAUGCCAAAAAAGCUAGGGAAGAAAUGUAUGAAAAAUACGUUGCAUCCAGAGACCACUGUAAAGCAGAAUAUGAAAAGAGACUCCAUGAAGAGUUGGAACAAAUAAGGUUGAAAACAAAUCAAGAAAUUGAGCAACUAAGAAGCACUUCAAAAGAGAUGUAUGAACGUGAAAACAGAAACUUGAGAGAAGCAAGAGAUAAUGCUGUUGCUGAAAAAGAAAGAGCAGUUAUUGCUGAAAAGGAUUCUUUACGAAAAUAUGAUCAACUCUUAGAACAGUAUAGACAAAUGCAACUUGGCACAGAAAGCAAAGUAGCUGAACUUCUUCACCAAAGUAAGUUAAAGUCCUUCGAAACUGAACAUGUUCAACUCAUGCAACAAGAAACAGCUAAGAAUCUUUCACAGUGCCAAAUGGAAUGUGAGAAAUACCAGAGGAAGCUGGAGGUGCUUACGAAGGAAUUUUAUAGUCUUCAGUCAUCGAGUGAAGCCCGCAUUAUUGAGCUCCAAACACAGAAUUCUGAGUUUCAAGCAAGACUAGAUACUUACGAGAAACUUGAAAAAGAGCUUGAUGAGAUAAUACUGCAGACAGCAGAAAUGGAAGAUGAAGUUGAAGCUGAAAGGGUUCUCUUUUCAUAUGGGUAUGGUGCUAAUGUUCCUACAACAGCCAAAAGACGACUAAAGCAAAGUGUUCACUUGGCAAGAAGAUUACUGCAGCUAGAAAAGCAAAACUCGUUGCUUGUAAAAGAUCUGGAACAUCAGAAGGAACAAGUAACACAGAUUUCAGAAGAGCUUGACAGAGCAAAUUCUUUGUUGAACCAAGCACAACAGCCAUACAAAUACCUCAUUGAAACUGUGCAACAGAGAGAUUCUCAAAUAAGUCUACAGCAAGAACAUAUUAAACAACUUGAAAAAGAYGUUGGUCUUUUAAAUAAAGAAAAGACAGCUUUGCUGCGUGUCAAGAAUCAAAUGGCAGCAGAUUUGGAGAGACUUCUAAAUGACCGUGAGGAACUAGCCACAAUGAAGCAGAUUAUAAUUAAUCUACAUGGUAAACGCAAUGAACAAAAUCUACCUCAGUCUCAUAUUGAUGUGAAAAGUGCAGUUGGAAAAAAAUCAAACUCUUUGGUGAAACUGCUGCCAGAACCUGAAGAAGAAAAUGUAUUUACACCUAAGCCAACAUUAUUUACAAAUAAAGAGGCACCUGUAUGGUACAAGAAACUGCAGAAGAAAACAUCACCAUAGCAUUUUUCCAAAAUUAUUCAAAAUAGUCCUUUGGGAAGAUUUUCAUCAAAGAAGAUUGUUUUCACCGUAAUGAUGCCCAUUUUACUAUAAAAGCAAACAAUUGUUUUAAUUGUUUCAACUGUUCUUUUGUAACUGUCAAAUAAUCUCAUGCUUCGUAAAAUAAUUUCUAGAUSUGUCAUGCGAAUAAAAUGGGUGGAMACAAUGCAUGCAGUUAUUUUACCAACUAUAUUUGAGUUCUAAAAUAUGAAUAAACACUAGUGUGUUGUACACAUUACAAUCUGGGCAGUUAAAGGAUGUUUUAUCCAGAGUGUUCAAAUUAAUGCACRUUUUAGCUUUUUUAUAUUGUUUUUCCUGGACCCUGUGUUUCGUGCCACAUUCCUUGCAACUAUGCUGACUUAAGGAAAUUUUUAAAAUAUACAUAAGUUAGUAUCAAACUGUAUCCUACUUUCUAUGAAGGAAAUUCAUGUCAUCUGCAAAAGAAUUUUUUUAUUGGCCUGGAUUUGUAGUUUAUCACUUGGUAUCAUUUGUAUAACCAAAUAGGCAUUGAAAAUACUUCAAAGAAGCAAUAAAAUACAUCUUAAUUUUCAGCACUGAUUCUUAAUGGCUAGAUAGUAGUGCAGUUGCAUCAAUGUAGUAAUAAAAAUAGAACCAUGAUGGGUGAGGACUGUAGCAUAUAAUGGGAAAAUGGGUAAUUUGCCAUAUUUAAUUGUAUGAAAAUAAACCCCAUCUUCCAAGAACACAUUCUACUUCUUUUCUCCACUCCAUCAUCUAUUCUGACUAUACAAAAGUUCUCUAAUAUAUCAAAGCACAGUGUGGUAUGUUUCUAUGUGUAACAUAAAUACAGAAGUUUUAAGUACUGCAURCUGAAAAUAAAUCUCAGAUUUUAUUUUAGAGAAAGCUCCUUCUUCUUAGCACCUUUUUCCAAGCUCCUUUUCCCUUGACAAUAUCUCUUGAACUGAUUAUUUUUUCCUACCAGGAUAUGAACAGUAAUUAUUUACUAUAUAAUACUGAGCUAUAUCAGGCUACAAUUCA